AAUCAGAAAACCAUCAUCUUCAUCACCGUCACAGCUUGAAGGGAAAAGGGUGCUGUACAACGGCGACAUCUCAUCUGCCGGCAACAAAAGUUUCAAUCUUCGGUUAUCUAUCUGGGGGUUUGGAAAAGAGGUUGCAAUUUUGAUUGGUAUAUUGUGGAAUUCUGCUGCAAUUAGGGUUUGUGAUUGACAGAGGGACACAUAAGGAUUGAAGAUAGGGUGUUUUUUGAAGGAUAAUGUGUAUACUGUGUGUGAUUCAGAAGUGGUCAAGAAAGGUUGCUACCAUGCUACCAUGGUUAGUAAUUCCACUGAUUGGACUGUGGUUGUUAUCGCAAUUCUUGCCACCUGCAUUUCGUUUUGAAAUCACCUCGCCGAGGCUGGCUUGCGUUUUAGUGCUUUUAGUUACCCUCUUCUGGUAUGAAAUUUUGAUGCCGCAGCUGUCGUCUUGGCGGGCUCGUAGGAAUGCUAGACUUAGGGAGAGAAAGAGGUUUGAAGCUAUUGAAAUGCAAAAGCUUAGAAAGACUGCGACUAGACGGUGCAGGAACUGUUUGACUCCAUAUCGAGAUCAGAACCCUUCUGGGGGUAGGUUUAUGUGUUCGUACUGUGGACAUAUUUCUAAGAGGCCGGUAUUGGACUUGUCUGUACCUCCUGGCUUGGGGCGGCUUUCAAAUUCUGGGAUUUUAAAAGAUUUGGUUGGGAAAGGUGGGAAGAUGUUAAACGGGAAGGUGUGGUCUGAUAAUAAUUGGAUAUGCGGUCAGGAUUGGCUGGAGAAUGGUGGUAACUGGGUUAAUGGGUCUCUUUCUGGGAAGUCUAGCUACUGGAAGAAGAACAGUGGUGCCUUCUUUAGUGGUGGCACUGACCACUUCUUUUCUGAAAAAUCAUACUCCUUUCUUCUUGUUUUUAUCUGCAAGAGUUUAGCUGCUAUUUUCUUUGGCAUUAUGUGGCUUUGGGGAAAACUCUUUAGAGUUGUCUUGGCUGAAGAUGAUACUUCAGCAGACGAUAUUAGAGGUCUGGGUAAGAAGGGUGAGAAUGGGGUAAAUUGUAAUGAGAGCAGAAGUGAGAAAGCUCGCAGGAAAGCAGAAGAGAAGAGACAUGCUAGAUUAGAGAGGGAGCAGUUGGAGGAAGAGGAAAGGAAACAAAGGGAAGAGGUUGCUAGGCUAGUGGAAGAACGUAGGAAGCUGAGAGAUGAAAAAGUAGUGACUGAGAAGGACCAAGGUAAGGCGUCUCCGCAGGACAUCGAUGAAAAACGGGAGGCCCAAAGGAAGCGCCAAGAAAGAAAGAAGGAAAAAGACAGGGGGUCUAGUAAAAGCAACUCUGAUGUAGAUGAAAUUGAAAAAAGAGCAGGUAAGGAAACUGAAAAGAACAGGAAGGGUGAGACUGAUCGUCAUGAACAUCACAGAUCUGGGACUGAAAGUUUGAGGUCCAACAAAACUGACACAGGCCAUGGUUCAAAAGUAGUCGCAGCAAAUAAUCUUUACAAGGGAAGUGUUGGUGCAAAAUACCUGGAUCGAAUGAGGGGUAACUUUUUUCCAUCUUCUCGAACGCUUUCCGCUGGUGGUUUCUUUGGGAAAGGCACAAAUGCAAAUGCUAGCAACAUACGAGAAAACAAAUCUAGUGCUUCUUUGGAUCAUGUCCAGGUUACUGCCAACAAGAGAGAUCUUUUUCAGCCUGAGCGUGCAUAUGGGAAAUCAAAUGCAUAUGCAGAUGAUCAAAACCACAGUCGUCCUGCAAUUUUUGAGUCCCAACCUUUUCCAGCCCCCAAAAGGUCAUGGCAACAAUUAUUUACUCGGUCUUCAACUACUACUUUGCCCACUAGCACAAAUGUCAUAAGCAGACCAAAUGGAAAAUUACAAACAGAAGCUCAAAGUUCUAUAGCAUCUAGUUACCCAGCGACUGAAGGACUUGAUAGUCCCAUUACAUCUGGAUUGCCUUAUCCUCCACCAAAAUUUUCUUAUGGGAACUGUACUAGUAGUACAGGUCUUCGGUUGCCAUCUAAUCCCAUGCUCCCUCGAGUUGGAGAAGUUCCCACUGAGCUUCUACCCGAAGAAUCAGACAAUUUUGAAGACCCGUGUUAUGUUCCUGAUCCUGCAUCCUUGAUCGGGCCUGUCUCAGAGUCGCUUGAGAAUUUUCAGCUAGACCUUGGCUUUGUACCUGAUUUAGGGUUUGAAAAGCCAUGUCCUAUAAAGCAUAUGCCUGGCUUGUCUGAAGUCAAUAGACCAUCACCAAUUGAGGCUCCUAUGUCACGGCUGUGGUUUUCUGAUGAGAUGCGUGCCAAUUCUUUUCUUUUUCCAAGCACUCAAAAGAUUCAGGAUAAGACAAUUUUUCCACUGGAGGACCAUGAUACUGCAAAUGAGAAGGGAUGGCAGAUGUGGAAUAGUUCUCCUCUUUGUCAGGAUACGCUUGGCUUAGUUGGUGGGCCUUCAACUUGGUAUUUACCUCCAGAGCUGAGUGGAUUAAAUAAUGAAGGAGUAGUUCAAUUGCAACCUCAAAAAACUAUGGCUUCAAUGUUAAGAAAAGAGGACCAUGUCCCAUCCAACACAAACUCUCAACAGGAACUUCGCCAAAAUGUGGGAACAAGUAAUGCUUUUAUGCAUGCUACUAGUGAUGAUCCAUGGGCAUUAAGAACUUCGUAUGGGUCUAUGUCAAGCAACAACCAUUUAUCAUUAAACCUGCAGGAGGGAACUACUCAUAAUGAAAUGGUUUAUGGGGUUCCCAAUGGAUCUGCAGCUAACCAUCAGUUUCAGCUGUCUCAUGGAAGUGUCUGGGCCAAAAAAGAGAAGGGUGGUCCAGUUUCUGUUGAAGGCAUAGGAACCACAUCGACCAUGAUUACUCCUGUUGGUGGGCUAUACUCCAACCCAGAUGGCAUUUUUACUUUGGCUCUAAUAGCAAUCAAUACAAAUGCAUGCAUGCACAGGUACUGCCAUCUGACCUUUUUUAUUCAGGGUUCAUGGAAACAGUCACAAUACCAUUUGGAAUUUUGGAAUAGAAGCAAGGUCUGUGUACAUCCUACACCUCAACCUACCUCUAUGUGAGGUAGGACAUACUAUGUUUGGUUUUCUUUUCCCUAUUUGGGUUCUUGUUAUGUUUUUAGCUCCCGCCAAUGGAAAAGCUCCGCCUUUUAGGUUGGUUGGGCUAGUCUCCAGUCACGUCUUUAGAAAUUGAGCUAGUAUCCUUUGGUCAUGUUUUGAAUAAGGUUUAGUUAUGUUGGAGUUACUCGUGAUUGCUUCUCAUGUGCGUCUAGCAUGCUCACGGACGAGAGUGAGAUAGGUGGGUGAAAGAAUUGUGGAAGGUUCCAAGGUUUUAAUUUGAUGUGGUUUAAUAAUUUACCAAUCUUGUCCCAUUUCUCUGAAUUUGAUGGGACAUUUUUGUCUCAUCCCGUCUCUUGUCCUGGUCUAACGUCAUGUGAAACGUGGGAUACAAGUUUUUUCUCCGGUAAUGUCAUGUCUUGUUCUGCCUACCAAAUACACCCUAAAUGAUUGUACAACAUUACAGGAGAAACCAUACACUUGGAUCUUAGUGUAACCGAUGUUUUCCUCUUAUAUGAUGGUAUAGGUGCAACCUGAUUGGUACAUACCAAUAGUCAAAUUGUCUUGUGGCAGUAACUAUGAUUUACUGACCCCCUGAAUAAUCGACUCGUUUACCAAGCAGAGUCUUGCGAACUCUUCCUUCUUUGGGUUCAAUUACAUUUGAAAGCGACUUGUAAACUCUAUUAUGAUCAUCCCUCAUUGGUUGUUCGCAUAUUCCAAUUAAGCAAAUUGCAUGAAAGUGUUUCAUCUUAGACAUUUAGAUA